AUGCCAGUACGCGUCAAACCUCCAGUACUAGAUUGUGCAUGGGGUGAGUGCACAGAGCACUUUGAUAGCAGUGCAGACCUAGUUGCACACGUCAACACUACCCACAAACUGGCAAAGGUGUGCAUCUGGCGCGAGUGUGACAAGACACACACUUGGCUCAAUAAUGUUGCGCUGCGACGGCACAUUCGUGGCCACACUGGCGAGAAACCAUACGGUUGCAAGUGGGUAGGCUGUUCGGUCAGUUUCUCGCGAUUAGACGCACUCAAGUCACAUGAGCUCGUACAUACUCAGGUUAGGAACUACAAGUGUACACAUGACACAUGCACCUCUGUGUUUGGUACAUCGAGUGCACUAAGUGUACACUUACGCACUCAUACUGGCGAAAGACCCUAUGUAUGUGAUGUCUGUAAAACUGCGUUCCGUCAAUCCGGUCACCUAGAAAAGCAUAUGCAGAGUGUUCACGGAACCGACAGACCCUUUAUAUGUGAAACGUGUAGAGUCUCGUUUAAAACGAACAACAACUUAUCUUCGCAUAGACAAAGUGUGCAUGAAAACAAUAGAUCGUUCAUAUGUACAUGGACUCCCCCGGACGAUCCGGAUGCCGAACCGUGUGGGUUGUCGUUCAACCAGCCAGGUGGUCUUAAAAAGCACAUGUGUGUACACACCAGCGAUAGACCCCAUGCGUGCAAUUAUGUUUCAAAGGAUGGCCCGUGCAUGGCGACAUAUGGUCGCAAGGAUAGCCUAACCGCACACAUGCGCCUACACACUGGCGACGGUCUCAAGUUUUGCAUGUGGGUCCCCACGGGGAGUACAGACGUGGAUCCGUGUGGCCGAGUGUUUACAACGUCGUCAAAACUUACACGACACAUGUACAUGCAUACAGACUAUCGUCCAUUCACGUGCGGCUGGGUUUUAGACGAUGGUAUUUGUACUGCCGCGUUUAAGGAUAAGGACGCCCUUGGUCGCCAUAGACACUACCACGAGCUUGCAUACACCUGCCCCAGCUGCGAUGCCGCUUGUGUUAGUCAAGAGACUCUCGACACACAUGUGCGGCAGUUUCACCCCGAUGGACACUGCCCUUGCGGGCGUCCAGCCCCAAAAGAAUCGCUCUGCUCAGUACACUUGCCGACAUUUCGAUACAGGCUGAAGCAAACGACUGUAAAUCAGGGUCUGAACCGCAUCUUUACCCUACUAAAUCAACAGUGUGUGUUUCGCUGGGAGGUCGAAUAUGGCGACUUUCGAGUGGACUCCGAGUAUACAAUGGCACAUACAAUUAUUCUCGAGACCGAUGAGUUUCAACACGGGUCUGAACACGACGAAGACUGGCUAUAUCGCACACGCGCUGUUGGAUCCGCCACUCCCCAAGACCAAGACCAAGCCUCCGUUUUUAUACGCUUCAAUCCAGAUUACUGCAAUGAGAUGCGGACUAAAACUUUGGGCGAGCGCCUACGUAUGCUGCACGCCACAGUCCUAUGGCUCAAUACGCUAACCUUGGACACUUCUGUUCUAUACUGUGUGUUUCUCAAUUUUAACGUCACAAAGUCGGGAAAGAUUGUGCGCGCCAGCCAAUUAGGCACACAAGACGGGGUUGAAGUCAUGACACUAGCCGAUCACCAAACAAGUGUUUUUUGUGCAAGCGAAGAUACUGAUAUCGUGAUACUAGUGCCACCAUCGUUAGAGUCAACCCCCGAACCGGUUACGGGAUUUGAUGACAGUGUAACGGACGAUCUUGCGACUGGGCGCUUGUAUGAUCUAGGCGACAUGAGUAUCCCGAUAAGCAAAAGACGUCUCAAGUCCAUCGAGUAUCGCCAGAAAAUAGUGUUUGAACCAGUGCGGACUCUGAACGACUACUUCUCGAUCUGUUGA